CGGAGGAAGGAAGCGGAAACGCUCCGUAUGCUAGCAGCUAGUUUCUGGCUCCUCGGACACCACACACACACAUACACACACACACUCUCUCUCUCUCUCUACACACACACGCACAGUCCACACUCUCACACUCCUCUGUAGAGGAAGCUGGGAGCGGAUAAUUCGAGUUUUGUUUGUCACGGUGGCAGUAUCGGAGCGGGACUUCUCGAGCGGUUCCCCACUGUGACCUUUAUGUGAGGCCGAAGCCCUAAAGGAACGAGUCAUUGACGGGAGGAGAGACUCGGAGGAACACCUUUCGACCGCCGGAGGCUUGGAUCCCUUGUUUAUAUUUUUGCUUUUGACUCGGUCACCAAAACGCGAGCUUCAGACGAGCCGCUUCCCAGCACGCUACCAGCACCAUGGAGGCCAUCGCCAAAUACGAUUUCAAAGCCACGGCUGACGACGAGCUUAGUUUCAAGCGAGGAGACAUCCUCAAGGUAUUAAAUGAAGAGUGCGAUCAGAACUGGUACAAGGCAGAGCUAAAUGGAAAAGACGGCUUCAUUCCCAAGAAUUACAUAGAGAUGAAAGCCCAUCCAUGGUUCUUCGGGAAGAUCCCCCGCGCCAAAGCAGAGGAGAUGCUAAACAAACAGAGGCACGACGGGGCUUUCCUCAUCAGAGAGAGCGAGAGUGCACCGGGGGACUUCUCCCUGUCUGUGAAGUUCGGAAACGACGUCCAGCAUUUCAAAGUCCUCCGCGACGGCGCCGGAAAGUAUUUCCUAUGGGUGGUGAAGUUUAACUCCCUCAACGAGCUGGUGGACUACCACCGCUCCACCUCAGUUUCCCGCAAUCAGCAGAUCUUUCUGCGAGACAUCGAGCAGGUCCCUCAGCAUCCCACAUAUGUGCAGGCGCUCUUUGACUUCGACCCGCAGGAGGAGGGCGAGCUGGGCUUCCGGCGCGGCGACUUCAUCCAAGUCCUGGACAACUCCGACCCCAACUGGUGGAAAGGAGGCUGCCACGGCCAGACGGGCAUGUUCCCGCGCAACUACGUCACGCCCGUCAAUCGGAACAUGUAAACAGUCAGACCGUGUAACCACCACCACCACCACCAUCACCACCACCACCGUCAUCGUUCUUGAUCUCAUCAGCCCUCAUCCCAACCCCCCCAAAUCCCCCCCCCCCCCCCCCCUCCACCUCCACCUCCACCUCCGCCUCCGCCCAUCCCACCAGAACAGGAGCAGACAGGAAGAAUGCAAACAACUGAAAGAGAGAGAGAGAGAGAAGCGAAGCAGGAGUAGCGCUGUCGUAGGCGUCGCUGUGUGGGCGGCAGCCGAGAGACAGAGAGAAAGCGACUUUUUACCGGUGCCCAGAGCGCCCGCUGCCGCCGCCGCCAUCACCGCCUCCGGGCGGGCGAGCGAGCACCCCGGGCCGGCAUCGAACUGUCUUUGAGGGAAAUCCGAAGCUAAAGCCGAGCGCACCGACCGUCAAGAUAACCCGACGACUCUCCCGCAGCCGCCUCCUCCGCCCUCUCCCCAAACUUCUUAACAUUCUUGCCUUUCUUUUGUUUCUUUUCUUUCUCUUUCUUUGCCAGCAUGUUGUUUUAAUCACUCGAAUGAAAUGCCUACCGAUAAAUCCUAACUGUGUUUUAAAGUAAAAAAAAAAAAAAAAUGAAAAAAAGGAGCAUUAAAAAAUAUAAAAGAAGAAGAAAUGGUAUUAAAAAAUGUACAAAAAAAGAAGAGAGGGGAAAAAAGA